AACACGCAGGCGCAUCUCCUCAAAUCCUGUCCCUACCCCGGUCCUCUUUCUCUUCAUUUUGUUCCCCCUCCUCUCCCAGCACCUCAGCAGGUUCAAACUCUUCUCCGUGAGGGUGGAGGCGAUCGAGAGGUCACGUGAUGAGCAUCCUGCUGCCCAACAUGGCGGAGUUCGACACCAUCUCGGAACUGGAGGAGGAGGAGGAAGAAGCGGCAACGUCGUCGUCGUCGCCGUCGUCGUCUUCUGUAUCGGGGCCCGACGAUGACGAGGAAGAUGAGGAGGAGGAGGAGGAGGAAGAAGAGGAGGAGGAGGAAGAAGAAGAGGAGGAGGAGACGCCGCCCCCGCCUCGGGUAGUGAGCGAGGAGCAUCUGCGGAGAUAUGCCCCCGACCCCGUAUUGGUGCGGGGCGCCGGCCACAUCACUGUGUUUGGCUUGAGCAACAAGUUUGAUACUGAAUUUCCCUCAGUUCUAACAGGGAAGGUGGCCCCAGAAGAAUUUAAGACCAGCAUUGGCCGUGUGAAUGCAUGUUUGAAAAAGGCUCUCCCAGUCAAUGUGAAAUGGUUGCUGUGUGGUUGUCUCUGCUGCUGUUGCACACUGGGUUGCAGCCUGUGGCCUGUUGUUUGUCUCAACAAAAGAACCAGAAGAUCAAUUCAGAAGUUAUUAGAAUGGGAAAAUAACAGAUUAUAUCACAAGCUUGCUUUGCACUGGAAGUUGACUAAAAGGAAAUGCGAAACUAGCAAUAUGAUGGAGUAUGUAAUACUAAUAGAGUUCUUACCAAAAUAUCCCAUAUUCCGACCUGACUGAGGAAUUUUAUUCGGUCACUUCUGUGUUACCUGUCAUUUCCUACCCUUAGUGCCUUGUAGAUGAUUUUGGAAUGAAGAUGGUCUCCUUUGCUGUGUUCAACUUAUUCUUUAUAACGGUAGAAUGUUCUCCUCACUCUUUUAUUUGUGUUGGUUUCAGAAGAAAAUUUGCACAUCUUUUUUUUGUUGUUAAAUGAGGCUUGUGUUUUGCACUCUCAAUUUUUAAAUAAAUACACACACACACAUAUGUAUAUAUAUAUAGUUGCCACUAAAGAUAAAACAUCAGUGCUGGUGUUUGGAAAACAAAAACUUGUUCUGAGCAUGCUGCCUUAUAAUUUUCAUACUCACUGUUUCUACAUAUGCAUCAUUUUUCUAGGCUACUUAUUGCUCUAUAAUCCCUUACUGGACAUAUGUAAAUAAGCUUUUGGUAGCUUUUAGAAAUGAUUUUACCCUUACCUGCUUUUAAAGGACAUGCAAUUAAUAGCACUGGUUUUGUCCUGCACUUUGCUAAGUUAUCACUUAUGUUAGUGGAUAAAAUAUUUAAACUCCUAAAGACUUGUAAAUAUUCUCUCUUUGCAUAAUGUAAAAUGUGAUAUGCCAUGGUUUACAGAAUGUAAUAUUACUCUUACUGUAUUGCCAACAAUUCUGCAUAGAUUUUAAUAUGAAUGAAGUUUGCAAGCAUCCUUUUGAAUGUAUAGACUGUUAACAUGCUGUUUUAUGGCAAAGCCGUAAUAAGUAUGUUAAAAAUUUCAGGUGUAGGGCAGGGUUGCCCUUUGUAAUGAGUGGAUUAAAAUUGAAAUCAUUGUCUGAGAUAUUCUGCAUUGCACCUGAAACCAAGAACCUUAUUUUUUUCGUUUAAUUCAAUAAAUUCCCAUUUUGUCCUCCUCUCCCACCCCUAAAAGAAUUCAUUUGACAUGUGACACAUUUCACAGCCUCACUGUCCUCAUUUAUUUCCCUUUAUGUAUCUUUUCCCUCAUUUGAAAAUACACACAAUUAUGAUCUUUAAAAAGUGUUUCAAGAUUUCAGAUGCCUUGGGAGCUGUCUAGACCCACGAAAGCCACUGCUAACCUCUUUCUGGAUUUCUGAUAUUUUACUUUGGGAAAGAGGAAGAGCUAAUUGAGAAGCUGUACUAAAGGAUAUAUAGUGGCUGAUUCAUAAUUGAUAAAAUACUCUUAAUCCUCUUUUUGAGGAUCUUUUUUAAACAUUUGGAUAUUAUUAAUGAGGAAAGACAAGUUUUAGACAAAAGUAUUUUAGUUUAUAAAUUCACCACACAUGUAGCCUUUUUAUUGGUAUGUGCAUAUUUCUCUCUUUCUCUUCACAAUUAAGAUGAGUGAGAGCACCACACUCUAAUUCUUCUAGAAUUUGAAUUUUUAACAUAAUGAAAGCUUUAUAUUGUGUUAAUUCAACUGCAAAUGUAUGCCUGUAUAUAGGCAUUAUUUGUAAUUCAUAGUGCUAAAAAUAAAUUAAAAGUAUCUAUGACUGAAUAAUAUUUUAUUUAUCAUCUUACUCUUAUUGCUUUUAGUAAACUUUUUUAGGCAAACAUUCAUCCCAGUGAAGAGAAUAAUCAUUUCUUCAUGCAAGGUCAAACCUUUUAAAGCCACUUUUAGAAUUUAUGCUUAAUUUCAAAUCCACAGUCCUGGACCAGUAAAAGAGGGAAAAAAGAGACACUAUUUGAUAUAUGAUUGUAAUUGUUUGCACAGUUUUUCACCUCCCUCUGUAGAGCCCCAUUACCCCCAUGCCACCCAGCCACCCAGAAUCUCUAACUUUUAAUGUAUUGUGUGUGCCUGCAAAUAUCAUUUGUCUGUCUGCUGCAAAAUUGAAGGUGUAUUUUUGUAGACAAGGUGGAAACCUCUGAGAAUGCAUACCAAAUGUCUUGUUUUAUAGCUAAGGUCAGGGAAAAAUUGUAUCUGUGGUUUAUGUUCCUUCUAAUAUCAUCAGGUUUAUGCUUCAAACUGUGACAGUUUAAUACCAAAAUUUAUUUCCAGCAUAAUACAAAAUGUCUAAUUAUCACGGAUAGAAUAAUUACUUUUAAGUGUCAACCCUUAAGAUCUCCCUUUUUCUGUAAAAUUUAGGAUUAGAAUUUGGCCAUGUAAUAGUCAUAGUAACUUUUUCUGCCAUGUAUGAAUCACACUUGAUUUUACUCAAAGAACAGCAGGAAGUGGUGAAUUGUUUCCAUGAAACUAAUAUUGAGACAAGAAUAAAGUGCAUCUGGAGGUGACAGAGUAAAAUUCAAGUUACAGUAGUAUCUGUCAUAAAAAUCAUUUGGCAGCAUAUGUAAACUUAAUUUUAAAACCUGCUCUAGUCACUCUUAAAUUUAUUAUUUUAUUGUUCAUUAUGCUGGUUGGCUCAUCUUAUUUUCUUGUACUACUCAGAAAAUACCCACUUUUCUCUUUUUCUUUCUUAUAUGACUGCUUUUCCAAACUGUUGUUUUUUGGAGGGGGCUGAUUAGCAAUUAGGUAUUUUAGAGUGCUUUGCGCGGUGGGGGGUGUUUUCCUUUCAAUGAAAUUGGCAGCAGUAAAUGCUGAAAUGACAGAGCACACUGUGGUCAUUAAUUCCUCCCCAUCGACCUUUUUUUCUUUCAUCCUCAGGAUAGAACGUACUUGGAUAUUUCAAUCAAGUUAGUAAAAUAUUUUUGUGAAAGUUGUUUUUAGAUUGAAGUAAUUUUGAAUUUCUUUGUUACACAGUAUUCCUUUAUAAAACCUGCUGUGAUAGUUUCCAGAGAAAAUAACAUAUAUUUGCCAAAGUAUAUAAAGCUUUGAGGUUACAAGUUAAAAUUAUUCCUUCUCUAACUUUCCCUUAUGCAUCUCCACCCCCAUUGCCCCUUUAAACACCUAAAUUGUGUAUAAAAUGGAAUAAGCUCUAACUUUUUCAGCUGCUCUUUGUUCCCCACUACCCCCUGUAUUAAUUUGGGAAAGAGACCAUUGUAGUCAAAUGUUAGAAGUAGGUAGAGAAGUGCCUUGUCUUUUUUGAACAAAAAUAGUGUUUUAUGUUGAAGGAAGCAGAACAAAUGAAUUGGUAGAUCAUCAGAUUUAAAACCAUCCUUUUCAACAAAGUAUAAGAAUAUUUCACUAGCAUAUUAUAUUUCUUCUGUUUAUUAUUUAAAGCCUGUUUUGUUGUUUUCCCCCAAUCAUGUGAUCUAUUAGUGACAAAAUAUUACAGAACAGGACUAUCAGUCACUUACAAAAGUAGUAUGAUUCUAAUGCUAGUAAACAUGUAAUUUAACAUGGUUCUGGAAGAGCAAUGGUCUUUGAUUGAAGCCCUAACAAACCGACUUAAGUAUUUAAUACACAUACUAUUCAUAUUAUUAUGACCUAUAAACACUAAUGUCUGAACAGUUCAUCAAAGUGUGCUGAUAUUUAGCACUCUACCAUUUUUAAUGUAAUUUAUUCUUGUUUUUUCGUAAUUUGAGUGAAGUUCCAUAACAUUUGCAUGCCUUCGAAUAAACAGGGUUUUUUCAAAUGUAUGAGAGCUUUAAAAAAUCAUUAGCAUUUUAAUUUUGUUUACAAAUAAACCACCACUUAAAAUAAACCUCAUUACUUGAACAUAAAGCCCCCAAACAAUAUUUCAUUAGAAAUGAUUAUAUUGACCUAGGAGGAUAUAGAAAUAUAUACACCCGUUUAAUUGGAGAAGUUUCACAUAUUGGAAAUACUUUUUGCUAAUUUGAUUAUAAGAUGCUCAAAUUCAUUGAAAUUAGGUCCUCUUAUGCCUGUAAAACUCUGCUUUAGAAAAAAAUCCAUUUUGCAACAAUUGUCAAAUUGUUCGAGUUCCUUUAAAUGGUGAACUAUUGGGCAAUUCUCCACAGAAAAGGAAUAGAUUUUAUUCAUAAUACCUGUUCAUGUAAUAUGUGGACUAAAAAUAAGGAGAUAUAUAUUUUCUUAUCUUGCUCCAAAUUUCUCUCACCUGAUUCUAAGCCAGUCUUUUCAUUUUGAUGAUGGCAACCUGAGAAUGUGUUCCAAUUUCUGUAGACUUUGUCAGAGUCGUACUAUCUGAGAAAAUGAUCUAAUAUGAUGGGUUCCAGGCAAGUCACUUAAAUUACAUGUCAGUCUCUUCAUCUGUGAAAUCAUGGGGUUGAACCUGGAACUGUACAGAAAAUUAGAGAUCACCUAACAUUCUGUGAUUCAAGGAAUGUUGAGGAAAUUUUUUCUCUACAGGAUCCCAGAAUGAUUUUCCUCAGAUGUACUACCCUUGGUGGAAACUCUCACAGUGCCUUGCACACAGUAAAAGUUUGAUUUGCCAACUGGCUCCUAGCUGAUGUGUGUUCUUAUCACACAGACUCAAAGAACCUGAUGUCUGCUAGACCUCAGCACCUCCAUGGUGAUAAGAAAGAAUGUAGUUUCCCUAGGAACUGAGAACUGAGGUCUGUGGGCUUUGCCUAUGUGGAAUCUGACUAUGCAGUUGGUAUUUGGGCAAGAAUUAUAGCUGUGACAACAAUGGAGAUAUGGGAGGACCCGCUUUGACACUGAUGUGGAAAGAGUUUUAUAUCCUAUUCAAUAUCUGCUUCAGUGUCUUGUUAAGUUCCAUAUCCUCAAAAAGAUCUGUUGGAACAAAUUGAUAAUAUUAGAUGCAAAGAAAAGUGGUGUGGAAUUCAAACCCAAGUCACUUCUGGUUUAAUUCUUAGCUCUGCUGCUUAAUUCCUCUGUACCUCAUGUCCUCAUUGUGGAAGUGGGGACAAUAAUCUGGACCUACCUCACAGGGGAAUUGAGGAUCUUUUCAUAUAUUAAUGUGCUUUUGAAGUUGACUGAAAGAUGUACUGGAUAUCAUAAUUUUGUAAUUUCUAAAUAGAUUCCUUUUAAUCUAUGUUCUUAUGUUUUCUUUCUCUGUCAAACCCUACAGAAUGAGUGUUGCACUUAAUCUAUUUUUUCUGUAGUAAAUUUUGUUAAUAAUCCCCUAUGUGUUAACAUGGGUAAUUGUGUUAUGUUAAUACUUGAUUUAGGGAGGAAAAGCAGGUGAGUGUAAACCAGUGGUUCCCAACUUGGGGCAGAUGAAGAUAGCAGUGGGAGCAUCCUUGAACCUUUUUCAUUAAUUCAAAAAGUAUACUAGAAAUCAUACAUUUACCCAUAAUAUUCCUGCUGCACAAACCAACUAACACAUUGCAUUUCCAUGCAUAUUGCGUAAAUUUUUUCAAUUCUGUCUAACACUGGUUAUCACACGCUAACCAGAAGCUGUGAAUUGCAGUUAUGCUUUUGAUUAAUAAAAAUAUGAGAAAGCCUAUUAUUACAUGCAAUUUAGUAAGUAAAAUACUUGAAAACGUGGAGAAGGAAUAAUGUAAGGAUCCUUAUGGUGAAAUGUUGGGAGCCACUUCUAUAAAGGAACUAAAAUUAUUUGACCCUCUCCACAGGUUGCUUACCCAGUCCCUAAAUAAUAAAAUGCUAGAUUGUGUGUGUGUGUGAGUGUGAGUGUGUGUUGGCUGGAGUGAGCUAUAUAACUCCAGGUUAGAAUUUGCCUUCAGUUUUUUCUGUUUCAGAAUGAUCUAACUGAGCUACUUUAUUUUGGUGUGUAUAUGCACACACAUAUAGGAUUGCAAAUGUGGAAAGUGUUAUCAUGUCAUGUUCUAGCAUUGGAGUAGGUAUCAAUUUCUGAGUCUCAAAGUAGUUCUGUGUAUGAACUCAUCAUGAUGAGUCAAGGCAAUAAUUCCUCAAAUGUUCCUUUUAUUCCUGCUUAUUUUGUUUGGUUUUAUCUUGGCUUAAUUUUCUUAAUUUUACAGUUUUCUAGUAAGCAAGUAGUGUAAAAUUUUUUUAAUGCCCGAACUUGGAAACAAGUUACAGAUGUUUGAAAUUAUAUAAUCUGCAAGCUCGUUUGCCAUCCUUGGACUAACCACAUACAAAUAGGAAUCUCAGCUGCAAAAACAGGAAAUCCUGGGAGCUAGAGAGCAGGCAUUGAUCAAAACAUCUGUUUGAAAAGCCUAGGAUUUCUUCUUUUUGGGAGAAGAUUCCUGUUGGAACAGCUUUACAAGAAAAAAAUAAAAGUGGAUAUGUCCAUUCAAACCUAGAACUUUCAUGCAUCUUGUAUUGUUACAUAGCCUGUGGAAUGAAUUCAUUUUUCUCCCUUGAGUUUGGGAGUAACUUCCCUGGAAGAACUCAACCUAUACACAGCUGUGCCAAAAUGAAGGAUACCUGCCUCUCUGAAACUUUCACUGCUGCUUCUGUCGUUGUUCACUUGUCAGAUAUAAAAUUUUAUUAUCUCAGGAUGCAAAAUUACAAUAAAGUGCAAAUCUAUGUUAAUGAA